AUGUAUUUCCUUGGGCUGUUGCUGGCUAUAUCGCAAACCCUAUGCUGUUGGGCGGUCGACACUACAAAGCUAUUUGAAGUGGAUUUGAUCUUGCCGCGCAAUGAAACAUAUCCCCCAUCGCCAAUCUUUCCGAUCAUAUUCGCCGUUCAAAACCCAAGCCUCGCGAAAAGCUUCCAUCCAACAAUCAGAUACAUUGUUGAGCAGGUCGGGGGAAACUUCAGUACUACCAAUGAUAUCAACCUAUGGGGGAUCAACGAUACUAGUAGCCCGGGGAUCAACGAUACUAGUAGCCCCCACUUCCUUUCCUGGGGUACACCGAAGUACAACUUUGAGGGAACCUUCCGGUUUAGAUGGAGUCUCACUAUUGAUCGAUGCUUUCUUGACGAGAGGAUCGAUGAGGAGAAGAUAAGAAAUUUUGGCAAUUUCACCUCUCUCUAUUUCACCACCAAGAAUGGAACUUCGCCGGCGGAUUUCGUCGCUGCCACUUACGACGACACUUGCGACAAAUCGCCAGCUCAGGCUAUUAAUUACUUGGAUCUUACUGAGGUCCCAGCAACAGAAACUUCCUACGGAACCUCCUGUCUGGCCUAUCCGACUACCUUGCCUGCCCCUACCAAUCCUUGCAAUGUCAAGAUUGAUUCAUCAGCCGCGGCAAUUAUGUCGGCGGACAUGACUUCUACUGCAUGUGAGCGAGCUCGAACUGGAAUAACUUGCCCAAGUCCGUCUCCUAGGAAUGCAGCCCCCAAGGCGCAUUUUCCGAUGGGUGGCGUAUGGAUCUUGGCGAUGUGUACCCUGCUCACUUACUAUUUCGCAUGA